ACGCAAGUGACGCGAAGCUACGCAUAACCGAGCUGAGCUGCAGUCGUCUUUACUAAUAGAUAUCAACAGGUGUUUGGCCUCACUCUCAUUCCUCUUGUGUUCCAUUGUGCAGUCCAAGCAGUUGUGAAGUGGUUGGAGUCUCACGAUGUGGAAAAGCGGCCCCCACUGUCUUCGUAGGAGCGAUAAGCCACGUAGUCGGUGACAAGCCUGCAGUACAUUGAUGAACGCGCACGUGAGCCGAUGGCACCGUCAGUACUCAAAUCGCUAGCUUACCGAACGACGUCGUGGCCGAGCUUGCACCGCUGAAGAUCCUGCCACGUGAUGCGGUCUGGAUGUGCCGGCGCUACAGCAUCAAAUACUUGGGUCUAAAGCAGAUCGAGUGACCAGGACGAGCGUGAGUUCUGGUUAAGUUUCUCCUCACACCUCGAGUCAUGGUCAUACCCGUAGACGAUGAAUGGUGGGUGCAUCGUCCUUGCUUUCACGAACAUAGAUUUUUUCAAGCAGACUGCGAAGGAAAAAGUCUAAUGUGAAGGCGUCCAAGAACCCUUGCUUGUGAAAGUCGAGGACUCUCCAAAAAAACUGAACAUUGCGUUAGUGGCAAUGCACCAAACGAAGAAAAACAACACGAGAUGCAUGAUUGAGCAAAGCUUACCCGCAAUGAAGCCGUGGAAACCUUGUCGUUCAUAAGUAGAGUGAAGUCGAGAUACGCAUGAUAAUCCAUUUCGCCAUUGAAAGUGGGAACCUCGGCAAACACGUGCGUUAUGAAGGCGUCUGUCAAGUCAUGAGUCGGUUCGUUUCCUGUUGGGUUGAAGGCACGUUUCUUCCCGUAGUCCUCAAGCUCGCUCAUGCUGAGCAUGCCAUUGCCGUCGCGAUCUAGUUGGAGAUAUUGGCGAUGCACAAGUCGAAUCCGCGUGGGGUGAAACGCAUUCGAUUGUUGGUCGUAUUUGUCGCGUAGCGAGUUGUCCAUCAGGCGAAAGAAUUCUGCAAAGCGGUUGCACGUCACGAUUUGGUGAAUCGACAGCCCGCGCGUUCGAACUUGCUGAAUGCCAUGGGGUAGCAGCAGCAUCCGUGCGCAAAUCAGCUCGUAAUACUGCUGGAAAUCCUUGUCCUCAUUCAGGGCAAGCUCAUAGCUCGAGGCUUGAAUAGUCUCCGUGAUGAGGGACACAUACAUCUUCUCCGAUAGAGUUUCAUCGUCCUUGUCGGCUCCUUCCUGGGCGACUCGCUCGAGUACGAAUCGAGCUACCCGCAGCGACAACUGCAAUUGGUGAAGAUACUCCAGAAUGGUAUACCCGCUUAUCCGCCCCUGUGUGUCUUGAGGAAACUACAACACCAACGCAGUUAUCAACAUCAAUGACAUUAAAAAAUACCCUGUACCAGUAUCGAGCUGGCAUUUACCAUGAGAAAACGUUGGGCAGAUAGCAAUACGCCCAGCUUAGCCCGCAAGCCCGCAGAAUCACACCAAGAGCCUUUCGAGACAGAGCAGUAGUCUUCAUACGCCAGCAUGAGCGUCAUCUGCUUAUCCAGCAUGCGGUCCACUUCCACGAUCCCGGUCUUCUUCGUCCUUUGCUUCAUCUCUCUCUUCAGAUCCAGCGUCAACUUUGACUCACCUGCUUCAACAAGUCGCGACAGUGAUUAAGCCUCUCCAGCAAUGAUCCCAACAAUACGAGUAAGCUGCGCGUACAUGCAAAGGAGCAGAUAUACUCGACCAGCUGAGUGAACUCGGAACUGGAGAGGAUGACAGCAUCCAGACGAGCAGCCACCCUGCCGCGCCGGAUGCGCUCUCCGCAUGUGAACGGCGUCCGUUUGCGUGGGAAGAAGAAGCGCGGGAUACUAGAGGUCGUGUUCUUCUCCUUCGCCGUCCUGGAGACGACAAUAUCACCUAGGGGCACUGGUAGUCGCGAUAAGCGCUCCAUGCUGGCGGCAGCAAUGCGCGCUCUCUUCAACGUGGUCGCGCCGUUUCAUCGAACAUGGCUACAUCACUUUUCCUCCAAUCAGCUUCAGUCGAUGUGGCGCACACAAUAUUGUGUUGUGAGCCAACUGUGCUCCCCACUAUUGCUUUGGGAUCAGCAGGAUGGAGCCUGAGGGACCUGCGGCGAGUGCCGCCGACGUCGUGUCUGAGCAUGUACUGAGCGAACAAGCGCCUGCAUCUGAUGCUGCGUUGACCACUACUGCCAAUGACACCGCAAUUACAGCGCACGAGGAGACGCAGAGCGAGACGCAAGAGGCGGCGGGAGCCCCCGACCUACAGCUCGACGACGGCGCGUCCAACCAGCCAGAGCAGAGCGACGGGCCAGUGCAGAGUGAGGCCCCCGCUGCAGCUGAGGAGCAAGACGCAGAGAACGCACAGCAAGUAGAUGUCGAAAUGGAGGAGGCCUCGGAGGACGCGGCUCCUCCCGCUUCAGAUCCCGCUGUUGCGGAUGAGGUCGAUGCCGCGAGUGCGCAACAAGAGAGCGAGACUGUAGCAGGGAACGAUACGUUGGAGACUAGCACCCACGAGGAGCCUUUGCCUGUGUCUGCUCCGAAUGUUGAAGAGCCUGCCAGUAACUCGGAGAGUCUGCCAGAGGAAGCAGCGCCUGAGGAUGCAUCCACGCAGCAGGCGGACGAGAAUGUCGAGCCCGCUGCUACGGUUCAACCUUCAGCUGAUGCUGCGCUGCCAGCGGAAGAAGCCCUGGUUGAUAGUUCUGCUGAUGUUGCUGGAGCGAGUGCAUCGCCCCCGCCCACGCAUGAUGAGAGCGAAUACGAUCCGUCCGCACCAGCAAUCAAUGCGUCUGCUGUCCCUCACGGCGAGGAUGAGUAUGAUCCAGCCAACCCGUCUCCCAUCGGGACACCCGUUGCAACGGGCUUUGGUGACCACCGCCCGGCUGCUGAGCAGGAAGAGUACGAUCCGGAUCAUCCGUCCAUGACGUCGUCGGCAGCAAAUGACGAGCCUGUUGCGAUGGAUGUGGACCAGUCUUCGUCGGCGACUGCAAGCGGUGAACAAUCCAAUGCGACCCCGGCGAAAAGGAAGGCCGAUGAAGUGCCAAACGCUUCCUCCGAUGCACCUGUUAACGGAGAUGUCGACCCUAAACGACCACGCCUUGGUAGCAACGAAAGCAGUCACCAUGAUGACGACCACAAGCACGGCCGCCGUCGUCGCGGAAGCAGCGACGCAACUGCAUCCCCUAGCACCAGUAAGCACAAGCGUCUUGAAGAAGACCACAAGGGUCUCUCAGCGGCGGCCUGGGACCGGCUUAUGGAUUUCCAGACGAGCGGCGAGUUCAAAGUGACUCAAGUGAGCCGCGCUGCGUUUGCGUCCGUUGGAGCCAUGCCGGAGUUUGCUCAGAUUGCUAUCAUCGCUCGGUUUGUACGCACUCCGAUGCGUGACGUGCGUGACAAGAAUGGCCAGCUGAUGCGCAUCUACCGUGAGUACCAGAAGGAGAACCCACAGGUUGCAGCACUGCAGCCCGUAGACGCCUUUAUCUCGGACUACAAGAGCGAUCCGGGUCUCUUCCGCUUUGGAUACGCACCACCGCAGCCUGCUACGGGUGUGUCUACUGUUCAAGUGCCUUAUCAACGCGAUCAGCCGGAAGAAGAUGCUCCUGUUAAACAUUCUCCUCGACAAGCAAGAGCUGCAUCCACGCGUUCUGAGCCCCAGCAGAACCAGCAAAAGAGCGUGGAUGAGUUCGGUCGGGUUGCACACAACGGCAAGGCAAGUGCUCAGAACUCCAAUGCGCCUGCCAACCCACCUAGCCAGCGACCAGCAGCUUCCGAUCCCCGCUUAGCCUCUCGAAGCCGUCAGGGCCCUCCUUCUCCAGUUAGUCAAGCAAUGCCGCGGUCAGCAACGAGCGCGAGGGCUGAAGACCCGCGCCGACGUGAGCAGCCGCAUGCUCAGGGUCCCAGUGGCCUCGUGCGUGAUCCUCGUCGUCGAGGCUCUUCGACAAACCAGCAGCAAUCCCCAAGAGGAAGCCAACCCGGACCCUCUCGCCCCGCCGGCUCGAACGAUCUGUUCGAUCGACUGCCAGUCGCCGUGAAGACCGUAGUCAACAGCAUGCGUCGGGAAGGAAGAUUGCAAGAACCACUGAACGACAACGUGGUCACCCGGUUGUUGCAUCUGCCCGAGCGUGUGGCGCUGCAGGCUGUGGAGAAUUUCAGCAACGUGGAUCUAUCGCAGGUGGAAAACCUGCAAGGAUUCCUGGUGGGAAUCAUCAACCGCGUCAAUGAAAAGGCGAUUGCUUCGGAGAAACAGCAGCGCCGAUCUCAGGCCCCCUCUCCUCGUGGACAUACGCAAGCAGCUCUUCCUCGCGGCAGCGGCGGCUACGCAGCAGUUCCUCAAGGUGGGUCUGUUCUGGGUGGCCCUCCCCAAGGUGGACGUUUGAAUGGUGCCAACGGUGCAAAUGGUGGCGCGUACCGUGGUCAAGGAGCCCCUAUGGCUGCUGGGCCUGGUCCGGCAUUGUAUGAACGCCCCUACGAAGCUCCGCAAGACUCGCGUGAUCCUCGACGUCGACAGCCUGCAGCACCACAGAGUGUCCAGCCCCCUCAGCAGUUCGGUGGAGCAGUUCGGGGACCCCCUCCGGUUGGGGCUGGACGUGGUGGCCCUGGAAUGGGGAUACCGUCGUUCGCUGCGCUGCCCAUGUCCGUGCAGAACCACAUUCACUCGUUGGUGGCCAACCGUACACUGUCGUCUCUGGAAGAGCUUGGAGGCAAGUGCUACGAGGUGCUUGGUCAGCUCUCAGAGCCGCUGGCAAACCAGGUGCUCACUCGAUUCGCUGGCGCCAACCUCUCCAACGUUCGCAACAAGAGUGGGUUCCUUGUUGGAGUCGUCAAGCGAGCUCGCCAGGAGUACGGCUUCAACUAAAUAGCAGCAACUAAACGCACUCAACGUGGAACAGCACGCUUUCUCCAUCUUCUCCAGGUUGUGUUUGUUUGCAUCGAUACCUCGCUCUUGAACGCAUGUUACUAACCAAUAUAUUUACGUAAGUAGUUGUUGCCCUGGGAUCACUCGACUUUUUCUCAAUAGCGGCUACUUCAUAGCAGCAAAU